AUGUCGGCUUCUGGCCCCAUAAGCAACUACUAUGUAGACUCCUUGAUAAGCCAUGAAAACGAAGAGCUCUUGGCCUCCAGGUUCCCCACCACUGCCUCCCACCCGGCUGCUGCCAGACCUUCAGGAUUAGUCCCGGACUGUGCCGACUUUCCUUCCUGCAGUUUCGCCCCCAAGCCGGCCGUUUUUACAACCUCCUGGGCUCCCGUGCACUCCCAGUCGUCCGUGGGCUACCACCCGUACGCCCCCCAGGCGCCCGUGGGGGCCGAGCCCAGGUACAUGCGGACUUGGCUGGAGCCCCUCGCCGGGGCCGUCUCCUUCCCGGCCUUCGCACCCGGCGGCCGCCCCUACGGCCUCAAACCCGACGCCUUCCCCGGGCGGAGGGCAGAAUGCGGCCCCGCGGACGGCCGCGGCUACCCGGACUACAUGUACGCGGCUCCCGGGGAGCUGAGAGACAGAGCAGCGCAGACAAUUCCUUCCCCGGAGUCCGAAGCCAUCGCUUCCAGCAAACACAAAGAAGAAAAGCACGAAUUAGACCCUAACAAUCCCGUCGCAAAUUGGAUUCAUGCGCGCUCCACGAGGAAGAAAAGAUGUCCUUACACAAAGUAUCAGACCCUGGAACUGGAAAAAGAGUUUUUAUUCAAUAUGUACCUUACACGGGACCGGAGGUACGAAGUAGCCAGAGUCCUUAAUCUCACUGAACGCCAAGUCAAAAUCUGGUUUCAGAACAGGCGAAUGAAAAUGAAGAAAAUGAAUAAAGAAAAAACCGAUAAAGAACAGCAAUAAAGUUGGCAAAGUCCAGUCAAUGAGAAUCGAGGGUGGAAAAAAAAAAAAAAAAGAGGCUGUUUUUGGGGGUUGAAAUGUUUCUGACUUUGAAUGUGCGGAUGAAUGUUUAGCAUUAUAGGCAAACACAGCAAGCGUUUUGGGACACGAGUCUUUUCUAAAAUGCAACUAAAUAAAAGAAAGAUGUUGGGGGGGGUUGUUUUCUCUUCCUUUCUUCUUCCUCAUUUUUUUGUUUUGUCCUCCUCAGAAAACAAACACAAGAAGUACUUGAAUUUUUUUUUUUUUAGUAUUUUAUUUCAUAAGUUAAACUGAUCCAGUAUUUUUAUUUUUUAAUUCCGUGAGCUCGUGAGUGAAUAUUUUGUACAAAAGAGAGGAAACAGAGAAAAGAGACUGAAGGGAAUAUGGCUCAAUGAUGUUCUGUCAUGGUG